AUGCACAUCACUUGUCCCCCCACUGCCCACCUGGCCUCCCCUGCACCCCUGGACCCAGCUGUGAACAAACAAGCAGCCCAAGUUCCGCAGCGCUGCUUGGUGUCACUAAACCUGUCCAGACACCGCCGUCCUGCAGCCCUCAAAGCUGGAACUGGCUGGUCCUCUCUGGAGAGGGUGUUCCAUUACCCGAGGUGGUGGCGCCACCCCCCACCCUGCUCCCAUUCCUCCAUCCCCCGUCCCCAUGGCUCUCUUUCCUGCACGCUGCCCCUGGCAGUCCUCACCCACCCUCUCUUUCUUUCCGUCUGCAUCCUGGCAUUUCCCAUGUACCUGCUGGACUUUCUGGGCUUGUGGAACCGGAUAUGCAAAAAAUCACUCCCCUACUUCUUGGCAAGGUUCACUGUGAUGUACAACGAACAGAUGGCGAGCAAGAAGCAGGAGCUCUUCAGCAAUCUACAGGAGUUCGCGGGCCCCUCCGGGAAGCUCUCCCUGCUGGAGCUGGGCUGCAGCACAGGGCCCAACUUCAAGUUCUACCCGCCUGGAUGCCGGGUGGCCUGUAUUGAUCCCAACCCCAACUUUGAGAAGUUCCUGAUCAAGAGCAUUGCUGAGAACCGACACCUGCAGUUUGAGCGCUUCCUGGUGGCUGCCGGGGAGGACCUGCACCAGGUGGCCGACGACUCCAUGGAUGUAGUGGUCUGCACACUGGUCCUGUGCUCCGUGAAGAACCAGGAGCGGAUCCUCCAGGACGUGUGCAGAGUGCGGAGGCCGGUGAAUGCCCUUAACUUCUUGGAACAUACAGCAGCCAAACAUUCUAGCUGGAAUUUCUCCACUUCUGUGCCCCAGGACUCAGGCCCAGACGGAGGAACAGUGACUGCUUAUUGCUUGGAUGCCCCAAGUGACAGGGACAAAGGUCUCUGA